GCCGAUGCUCCAAGACCGCACGAUCAAAUUCAGGUCCGCACUGAAAUACUUGUCGGGAGGAUACUUUAUAAAACAAGUGAUCUUCGGAAUAUUUGACACUUCAACUUCAACUGGCAUCUACAGGAGGAACAGUUUUCUGUCCAUAUACCUUCUCCUGAUCGCUUGCUACUUUAUAUGCUACACCAGGUGAUUCUCCAACAAACCUUAGUUAGGAGUUUUCAAUGUUUCAGUAACAAUUACCCCAUUCUUACCAUAAAUGUGAUAAUAAAUGUAUUUAAAUAAUUUACGUGUAAGAUAAAUAUUGUUUUCAAACUCAAAGAGAUGUACCUAAAUGAUAUUAUAAACUAUAUGUACAUAAUGCAAUAAAGUCUUAUUUCCUG